UUCGGAUUCUCUGCGAGGGACUCUGAAUCGUUCCGCGUUUGUCUCUCUCUCUCUCUCUCUUUCUCUCUCUUCCUCCCCAAACACGGAUAUUAAAGCGACCGUGACGAAGCUAAUCCAAAGCUAUAUAUUAAAAAUAAAAAUAAAAGAACCAAAAAAAUUAGAAAUAAAAAAAAAACCCAGAAGCGAAGAAGAGGGUCUCCUCUUUCACCACGAUACGACCCGUUCGGAAUCGCGAUCUCGUCGCUCUUCGAGUUUUAGGGUAUGGAAUGGCAUGGAUGGGCGAAGGGGGUUGCUUUGAUCUGCUUGUUGGGAUCGGUUUGUCAAGGGAGAGAACUUACCAUCAAGAAUGAUGACGACAGUCAGAUUUAUAACCACACUAUUGCCAUGAUACUCGUGGAAUAUUCUUCUGCUGUAACUGAGACAGAUCUAACAGCACUAUUUACAUGGACCUGCUCAAGAUGUAAUGACUUGACGAAGGGGUUUGAGGUGAUAGAGCUGAUUGUGGAUGUCCAGCACUGCUUACAGGCAGUUGUUGGUGUUGAUCACAAUCUUGAUGCUAUCAUAGUAGCUUUCAGAGGAACUCAGGAGAACAGCAUCCAGAACUGGGUAGAGGAUCUGUUAUGGAAACAGCUUGAUUUGAACUACCCCGGCAUGCCUGAUGCGAUGGUGCAUCGUGGAUUUUAUUCGGCGUACCAUAACACAACGAUACGUCCUGCGGUUAUAAGUGCUGUUGAAAAGAUUAGGAGGAGUUAUGGACAUAUCAAGAUAAUGGUCACAGGGCAUUCCAUGGGAGGGGCUUUGGCUUCCUUUUGUGCGCUUGAUCUUAUUGUCAACGAGGGAAUACGCAAUGUCGAACUUAUGACCUUUGGACAACCUCGUGUCGGCAAUGCUGCUUUUGCGUCAUUUUUCAGUAAAAAUGUAAAGCAUGCGAUCAGGGUUACACACGAGCAGGAUAUUGUGCCUCAUUUACCGCCAUACUACUCUUACUUCCCCAAGAAAACAUACCAUCACUUCCCAAGAGAGGUAUGGCUUCACAACAUUGGAGUAGGAACUCUAGUGUACAUGACUGAGAAGAUCUGCGAUGGCUCUGGUGAAGAUCCAUCGUGUAGCAGGUCCGUGAAAGGAAACAGCAUCGCCGACCAUCUAGAAUACUUCGGUAUCGACAUGCAGGCUGAUAACUGGGGCUCUUGCCGAAUCAUCAUGGACUACAGUGUGCUUCAAUACGAGAUGGACUUAUCGGGCAACAUUAUCUUGUCUAAGGACCCACUUGCUCCUUCCAUUGUACAACCAACUCGGCAACAGGAUCUGUUUUUAGCAAAUUAAUCGCAAACCACUAUUUAAUUCCCAUCCACGAAGUCACUACCGGAUGGAUCGCAGAAAGGAAAAAAAUCUUUCUGUAUAUACGCUAAAAUUUUAUUUUUUAAAAAAACUGUCGUCUACGAUGCUGUAUAUAAAAAAUCCUAAUUAUUCUGUUCGUUGAUAUUUCAAUGCAAAUAUUGUCUUCUUUCUGUUACCUACUGAUGUUGUAAGGGCUAUUAAGAUGUUUAAUCAAUGGAGGAUGUGCUAUCAGAAGAUUAUGUCAGUCUCUGAGCUAGGGUUUUGUGUGUUA